AUGACAACUUUAACUUCGGUUAUCGUAAUUCUAACAAUUUUGACUCUAACAUUGACAUUCUUUGUUGUUGAUGCUAAACAAAAAAAACAAAAACUUCAAAUACCUUUUCCAAUCUUUGGAGGAGGUCAAGCAACAGCAAAGCCUGAUUUCGAUACAGCUUCAAUUGGACAAUGGGAGAUACUUUCACAAAAUUCAGGUGUUUCUGCCAUGCAGAUUAAUUUGAUGCCAACCAACAAGAUUGUUGUUUAUGAUGCAACGAUAUAUCGUCUCUCUAGACUUCAAUAUACGAAAGGAAUGCCAUGUGUUCCUUACAGAGAUGAUAGGACUCUACAAAAUAAAAUUGAUUGUUUUGCUCAUUCUAUGGAAUAUGAUAUUGAAACAAAUUUAGUUAGGCCACUCAAGGUGACACAAGAUCCAUGGUGCUCAUGUGGAGGUCUUACACCUGAUGGGACCCUAGUAAGUGCUGGUGGAUUUCAAGAUGGUACAAGAACCAUUAGACACUUUGGUGGUCCUACUUGCAAAGGAAACAAUUGUGAUUGGAGAGAAUAUAAAAAUACUUUGCAAGAAGAUAGAUGGUAUGGAACUCAAACAAUCCUUGCAAAUGGAGACUUCAUUGUAGUAGGAGGACGUAGAGCAUUUAGCUAUGAGUACCUUCCAAAACAAGAAGGCCUAAAAACUGAAAGAAUCUACUUCUUCCCAUUCCUCUAUGAAACUUCUGAUAUUGAUGAAAACAAUCUUUAUCCAUUUACUCAUCUCAUACCUGAUGGUAACCUCUUCAUCUUCUCCAACAACCGCUCUCUUCUCCUUAACCCUAAAACCAACAAAGUUGUUCGCACCUAUCCCGUCCUCCCCGGAGGUGCCAGGAAUUAUCCAGCUUCCGGUACGUCUGCCCUCCUUCCUAUAGAUCUAUCUAACCAAGACAACAAUGGUCCUUACAAAGCAGAAGUUCUUAUUUGUGGUGGUAACUCUCAUGAUGCUUUCUAUAUUGCCGAAACAAAGAAAACAUUUGAACCUUGUCUCAAAGAUUGUAACAGGAUGAUAAUCACUGAUAAAGUCCCGAAAUGGGAAACUGAACAAAUGCCUUCAAGUAGAACCAUGGGAGAUUGUCUAAACCUUCCUAAUGGACAACUUUUGUUUAUCAAUGGUGCACAAAAAGGAACAGCUGGAUGGUGGGAUGCUGAUUCACCAAACCUAACACCAGCAUUGUAUUAUCCAGAGAGAAAGAAUGGUCAAAGGUUUAAGCAAAUGGCUCCAACAAAAAUAUCAAGAAUGUAUCAUUCAACUUCAGCAGUGUUACCCAAUGGAAAAAUUUGGGUAGCUGGAAGUAACACUCAUGAUACAUACAAAGAUAUAGAUAAGUUCCCAACUGAGACAAGAGUGGAAGGCUUUUCUCCUCCUUAUUUGGAUCAAACUCUUGACAAGCAUAAACCAAUAAUGAUUGAUGAAUUUACAGGAAAAAAUUUGAAGUAUGGUCAUAAAUUUGAGAUACAAUUUAUGUUGCCAAAUGAUGUGGGUAAUAAUGAUUUAAGUAAGGCUGACAUUAAGGUUACUAUGUAUUUCCCACCUUUUACUACUCAUGGAUAUAGUAUGAGUCAAAGGCUUUUAUUGCUCAAUAUUAGGUCUAUCUCUACGGAUCGCCAAGGACUUUAUAGUAUUGUAGCGUUGGCGCCACCUUCUGGUGAACUUGCUCCUCCUGGAUAUUAUUUGCUCUAUGUUGUUCAUCGCAGCGUGCCUAGCACGGGAUUGUGGAUCCACAUCGAGUAG